AUGGAUAUUGAAGUCUUACCAUCAGAAUUCUCAAAUCAUGAAGGGCCUUCUGUUAUCAUCGAUUCUGACAGUAGAUCAAAGCCAAUUACGCCACAACAAGAUCCGACAACUACUGACACUUAUGAUUUUAUAUUGACUCAAACACCUAGAACAACUUGUCUACCGUAUUUGUCACGUUCAACUAAAGUAGUGAUUAUAUUUGCUUUAUUCGCAAGUUUAUCAAUGAUGAACGCUAUUCUAAUAGUUUAUUACACUUCAGCAAAACCACCAAGUAAAGUGUGCACAUUUAUCCUAACAUCAGACGCUAAGAGUUCGAUCAGUGCUGAUUCUCAUCCGUAUUCGGUUGCCGUAGCUGAUCUUAAUAACGAUGGUCUUCUUGAUAUAGUCGUACCAAAUUCUGGGAUCAACAAAAUUGGAGUAUUUCUUCGACAAGCUAAUGAUACAUUUGCAGAUCAAAUAACAUUCUCAACUGGUGAUUAUUCUAUGCCAUACUCAGUGGCUAUUGCUGAUAUCAAUAAUGAUCAACGACAGGAUAUAAUCGUAGCAAAUUUUGGUACUAAUAAUAUUGGUGUCUUUCUUGGAAGACUUAAUGGUACUUUUGGUUCUCAAACAACUUUUUCAACUGGAUCUUCUCGUCCACGAUGGGUUAUGAUAGCUGAUUUCAACAAUGAUACACAACCUGAUAUAGCUGUAGUUAAUCAUGGUACGAAUAAUAUUGGUAUUCUUUUAGGAGAUGGAAAGGGAAAUUUUGCCAAUCAGAUCACUUUUUCUACUGGUUUUGAUUCUAUACCAUACUCAAUUGCGAUUGCUGAUCUCAAUAAUGAUGGCAAGCUUGAUAUCGCUGUUGCUAAUUAUGGUACCAACAAUGUAGGUGUUUUACUCAAUUAUGGGAAUGGUACAUUCGCUACACAAGUCACUUUUAAGACUGGUAUUAACUCUCAUCCAUCUUCAAUUGCCAUCAAUGACUUAAAUACUGAUAAUCAUAUGGAUAUCGUCGUCGUCUGUUCUGGUACGAAUAAUAUUGCCAUUGUUUUGGGUCUUGGGAACGGUACUUUUACUAUAGCAAAAAAAUAUUCAACUGGUAAUAAUUCUUCUCCUCUUUCAAUAGUCAUCGGUGACUUUGAUAAUGAUAAUAUAUUGGAUAUAGCUGCCGCCAAUUAUGGCACCGUCAGUAUUGGAGUAUUUUUCGGAUAUGGAACCGGAAUUUUUGCAGAACAAAUGUCAUUUUUUACUGCUUCUGAUUUUAAUCCGUAUUUUAUUGCUACCGGUUAUUUCAAUAAUGAUACUCGAUUAGAUAUUGUCGUCGUUAACUUCGAUUAUAACUAUGUCAUUAUGAUUAUUACCAACAAAAAAUAUACUUUCUUGAAGCAAACUACCUAUCAAACAACUGGUUCUAGCAGUUUUCCGGCAUCAGUCACGGUUGCAGACUUUAAUAAUGACAGUUUAUUAGAUAUGGUCGUUACCAAUUUUUAUGCUAAUAGUAUAGAUAUAUUUAUUAACUAUGGUAAUGAUACCUUUAAAAAUCAAAUAUCUUAUUCAACUGGAUCGGGUUCUGGGCCGUUUUACGCUACAAGUGGUGACUUUAACAACGAUAAGCGACGAGAUAUUGUUGUUGCUAACAAUUUGGGUAAUACUAUAAUUAUAUUUCUUGCUAAUGGCAAUGGAACUUUCUCAUCUCCAACAUCUUAUUCAACUGGAAGUAACUCUGGGCCAUAUAAAAUCGUCACUGAUGAUUUGAAUAACGACAACUGGACAGAUAUUGUUGUUACUAACUAUUUCGGUAGUAAUAUAGGUAUAUUUUUUGGGUAUGGUGAUGGAACUUUCUCCACACAAACAACGUAUUCAACUGGCAGUAACUCGGGACCAUAUUCAGUAGUCAUUGGUGAUAUUAAUAAUGAUAAACAACAAGACAUUGUUGUUACUACACGUAGUACAAGUAGUAUCACUGUUUUUCUUGGUUAUGGCAAUGGAGCAUUCUCAAGCCCAACAACCUUUUCGACUGGGAAUAACUCUAGCCCAACACUGUUCACUUUUGCCGAAUUAAACGGAGAUAAUCUAGUUGAUCUUGUUGUCGCUGAUCGUGGUGCUAACAAUAUACGUAUUUUAUAUGGUUAUGGUAACGGCAGUUUUUCACUGCAAAGUACUUUGCCAACAGGCGAUAAUUCUGCACCAAGAGAUGUUACUAUCGCUGAUAUCGAUAAAGAUGGUCAUCUGGAUAUUGUUUUUGUCAACUAUAUUGGUGGCAGUGUCGGCAUUUUUUUUGGCUAUGGUAAAGGAAAUUUUUCUACACAAAAAAUUUAUUCGCUUGGAAAUGGUUCGUACCCAUUCUCGGUCGUCGUUAGUGAUUUAAAUAAUGAUGGUCAAUCCGAUAUUAUUGUCCCAAAUUCGGGUAUUGGUAAUGUGGUCAUUCUGAGUGGAUAUGAUAAUAGUACGUUUACCAGUCAACAAACCUAUCGAACUAAAAAUGUUUCUAAUCCACAAUCUAUCGCUGUUGGAGAUGUUAACAACGACAACCGACUUGAUGUUAUCGUCGUCAAUUAUUUAGGUAACAAUGUAGAUAUUUUUCUGGGAUUAGGUAAUGGUACAUUUACAAGUUACGCGAGUUAUACAACUGGAACUUCAUCUAAUCCAUACUCAGUUGCUGUUGGUCAUUUCAACGAUGAUAAAUGGUUAGAUAUAAUCGUUGCAAAUUCUGGAUCAAACAAUAUAGGUAUAUUUCUUGGAUAUGGUAAUGCGACGUUUUCAAGUCAAACAACUUAUUCAACUGGCAAUAGCUCUCAACCGUAUGCUGUUGCUAUUGCUGAUUUUAAUAAUGAUAAACGGUUGGAUAUUGUCGUUGCUAAUUCUGGAACAAACAAUUUAGGUAUAUUUUAUGGAAAUAACGAUGGCACAUUUUCAAGUCAACAAACUAUGUCGACCGGUCCGUUUUCUUUACCACGAUAUGUCGUUGUUGGUGAUUUUAACAAUGACAGUCAAUGGGAUAUUGCUGUCAUUAAUUAUGGCGGAGAUAAUUUAGGAAUUUUUCUUGGGUAUGGCAAUGGAAAUUUUUCGACUCAAACUAUCUAUCCUACUGGAAUUAUCGAUAGAUCUUAUGGUGCUGCUGUUGGUGAUCUGAAUAAUGACGGUAAACAAGAUAUAAUCAUUACUCUGUACUAUUCUCGCACAAUUGCUAUUUUUCUCGGAUAUGGAAAUGGAACAUUUGCCAAGACAGCAAGCUAUUCAACUGGUUCUGGAUCUUAUCCAAUUACGAUUGCUAUUGGAGACUUGAAUAAUGACAAUCGAAUGGACAUCGCUGUUAGUAAUUGUAACACUGACAAUGUUGUCAUUUUUAUCGGAACUGGUGACGGAAAAUUUUCUAAUGGCAAUAGUUAUUCCGCCGAUAAAAACGCUUGUCCAUCUUCCAUCGCUCUUGGAGAUUUUAAUAAUGAUACUGUAAUGGAUAUUGUCGUCGCAAAUUAUGGCACUAAUGUAAUUGGUGUUUUUCUUGGAACUACUUACAUAACUGGCAUACCUGAAGACCCAUAUUCAACUGGAUCUUCUCCGCAUCCACAAGGUGUUGCCAUUGAUGAUUUUAAUAACGAUGAUCAAUUAGAUAUAAUUAUCAUUAAUCAUGGAUUGGGUAAUGUAGGAGUACUUUUAGGACAUACAAAUGGAACAUUUCCAUUGCAAACAAUGUUUUCAGUCGGUGAUUUAUCUUAUCCAGCAUCGGUUGUCAUUGCUGAUGUGAAUAACGAUACUGAACUAGAUAUUAUUGUCGCUAAUUCUGCCACAGAAAGUAUAGGUAUUCUUUAUGGAUAUGGAAAUGGUAGUUUUGCGGAUGUAGAAAUAUUUGCAACUGGAUCUGGUACUAUUCCACAAUCGAUCGUCGUUGGUGAUUUUAAUAAUGAUAAGAAACUUGAUAUUGUCGUCGCUAAUACUGGUAUUGACAGUAUAUUUAUAUUUUUGAGAUAUGAUCCUGGUGCAUUUCGAAGCCAAAUAUCGUAUUCAACCGGAAUUAAUUCCAUUCCACAAUUUGUGACUCCAGGCGAUUUUAACAGAGAUGGUCGAUUAGAUUUUGCUGUCGUUAAUGCUGGCGCCGGUAAUGUAGGUGUCUUUAUAGGGCUAGAUAAUAACACUUUUUCCAGUCAAACGACAUACCCGACUGGCAGUCAAGCGAAUUCACGGUCAAUUAUUAGUACUGAUUUAAAUAAAGACACUUGCUUGGAUCUUGUUGUCUGCAAUUUGUGGAGUGAUGAUAUAAGUGUUUUUCUUGGACGUUGUGAUGGUACAUUUUUGAAUCAAACAAAUUAUCAAACUGGAAGUGGUUCUGGACCGAUAUAUGUCGCUGUUGGUGAUUUUGACAAUGAUACUCAAUUAGAUAUUGUUGUCAUCCUUGAGUUCACUAACCAAAUAGGUUUUUUCUAUGGAUAUAGGAAUGGUACCUUCUCGAAUGUAACCACAUUUUCAGUUGAAUCUGAUUCAACUCCAGUAGCGGUUGCUGCUGCUGAUCUUAACUAUGAUAGUCGAUUAGAUAUUGCUGUGGCUUAUUUUUCAAGUGGCUAUGUUAGUAUUUUCUAUGGAUUUGGUAAUGGUACGUUUUCUAAAUCAAUCAUAUAUUCAACUGGCCCUAAUUCACAUCCAUCAUUGAUCGUUAUCGAUGACUUAAACAAGGAUGGUCGACUAGACAUUGUUGUCGCUAAUGCAGGAACAGAUAAUGUCGGUAUAUUCUUCGGAAAUAAUAAUGGUAUAUUUUCCAAUAUGGUAGCACUUCCAACAGGUAGUGGUUCUGGUCCAUAUGCAGUCGCCAUUGUUGAUAUUAAUAAUGAUGCUCAACUGGAUAUCGUCGUUGCCAAUUAUGGCAACAACAAUUUAGGUGUUCUUCUCGGAUGUAACAAUGGUACCUUUUUCAGUCAAUUGACCUAUUCGACUGGCGAUUAUUCUGAGCCAUACUAUCUUGCUGUCGGCGAUUUCAAUAACGACAAUCGAAUGGAUGUUGUCGUUGUCAAUUCAGGCAGCAAUAAUAUAGGUGUAUUUUUUGGGUAUGUUAGUGAUAGUUUCUUAAAUGCACCAUCUUAUUUGAGUAAACCUUCUUCUCAUCCGACUUCCAUUGCUCGUGCAGAUUUCAACAAUGAUACUCAAAUGGAUGUCGUUGUCACUAAUAAUGGUGCGGAUAAUAUGAUGAUACUAUUUGGAUCAGGUUAUGGCACUUUUACCAGUCAAAUGACCUAUUCAACUGGCGUGGGUUCUCAACCAUCAUCAGUAGCUGUGGGAGAUUUUAAUAAAGAUGGUCGAUUGGAUAUUGUCGUCACUAAUUCAGGUACCAAUAAUAUUGUUGUCUUUCUUGGUAAUAAUAUAAGCAGCUUUUCGAAUCCAAUGAAUUAUUCUACUGGUCUUCGCUCUCAACCAAGCGCAGUAGCUAUUGUGGAUUUCGACAAUGAUGGUCAACUGGAUAUUGCCGUAGCUAGUUACGGUGCCAAUAGUAUGGGUGUAUUUUUAGGUUAUGGCAAUGGUAGUUUUAUGAAUCAAUUAAUAUUUUCUACUGGUUUUGGUUCACAUCCGAUUGCACUCGCUACUGGUGAUAUCAACAAAAAUAAACUGACCGAUAUUAUCGCCGUUAAUAAUGGUUAUGGUAAUAUAGAUAUUCUUAAGAAGACAUGUUAA